AGUGGCUGGGGCAGGCUGCUUUCACUUCGCUCCCCGCAGGCACUGGGUCAACAGCUUGUUGGAGCUCUGCGGUCCUUGCCGCCGCCGCCGUUGUCGUUGCAGUCACCGGAUUCCUGCAGCCGCUCCGCGAGCUGUGUUCCACUUGGAUUCACACCACCUCCGCUGCCCCCGCCGCCACCGCCUCGGCGCCCUUCCCCUGGCCCUCGUCCACCCAAUGUCUGACUCUGAUUCUCGGACUGAGAAACGCAAGAAAAAAAGACCAAAUGGCCAAGCAACCUUCUGAUGUAAAUUCUGAGUGUGACAGAGAAGGUGGACAAUUGCAGCCUGCUGAGAGGCCUCCCCAGCUCAGGCCUGGGGCCCCUACCUCCCUACAGACAGAAUCGCAAGGUAAUCCCGACGGCGAAGGGGACCGCUGCCCCCACGGCAGCCCUCAGGGCCCGCUGGCCCCACCGGCCAGCCCUGGUCCUUUUGCUACCAGAUCCCCACUUUUCAUCUUUGUGAGAAGAUCUUCUCUGCUGUCCCGGUCCUCCAGUGGGUAUUUCUCUUUUGACACAGACAGGAGCCCGGCACCCAUGAGUUGUGACAAGUCAACACAAACCCCAAGUCCUCCUUGCCAGGCCUUCAACCAUUAUCUCAGUGCAAUGGCUUCCAUAAGGCAGUCUCAGGAGGAACCUGAAGAUCUGCGCCCAGAGAUACGGAUCGCACAGGAGCUGCGGCGGAUCGGAGACGAGUUCAAUGAGACUUACACGAGGAGGGCGUUUGCAAACGAUUACCGAGAGGCGGAAGACCACCCGCAAAUGGUUAUCUUACAACUGUUACGAUUCAUCUUCCGUCUGGUCUGGAGAAGGCACUGACAGGAGCUUCGUGCAGCCAGGACAAAUGGCGGACAUCGCUCUUGUUCAGACCGGGAGAACCCCAGCACCUCCAUCUCUUGGCGCUGCGACAGUCCGGCCGGUGGCUCUGUCCCAGAGAGGCGUGCGGAGCACGGACAGCGCUCAGCACUGUGUCGAUGUGGACGGAACCUCUGUCCAUCACCACAUGGCCGGAUUUUCAGUAAAUAAUUGUUGUGAAUGUAAACAAGGGAGGGUUUUUCUCUUUUAAAUGUACAGAUCCUAGGGACAGAGAAAUAUGCAAGAGAGGUGUUUACAUGUGGUGUGUUAAUUUUUUUAAACCCACUUUCUUUGAUAACUGUUUUUUGUUUUUUUUUUUUUUUUUUGGUCUUGUUUUUGUUUCAGAAAGGAAAACUUUUAGACAAUUUAUGGAUAAUUUUUUUAUACUCAUUCUUAACCCAUUACCUUCUCAGAGGACUGCGUAACCCUGCAGUGGGAACUGAGCCAGCCGAUUUAUAAGGCUGCCUUAGUUUAUUUUUAGAUAUUACUGUACAGAAUUUUUUAAACAGGAAGAGUAUGGCGUUGCCCUCUCUCCUCUGCCAUGCCUCCGAGUUUCCUUUUGAAUUUUUACUACCAAAACAGUUGUUAUGAAAUGGAAUGGGCUCGAGUGGCAGAGGGUCUGUUCUGGUACGCCACUUCCGUUUUGUAAAUAUUUACCUCCUUAGCUCAGUUGCUCCUGUGGCAAAAAAGUUCACACUUUUCAUGCUUUCCCUCAACUCUUCGGACCCCUCGGUCUGUCUCCACACCGAUGCACAGGUUCAGCCCAGGGUCCUUUCCAAUGUGUUUGUGUCGGCAAGGGCUAGGGGCUGCCCGGAUUGUUCCCAGCUCCAUCAAUCAGGCUGACUUCAUGGGAAGGGCUCCUGGGCACUUCACUUCACUGCGGUGGCUUCGUUUGUCUCUCUUAUCCUGAGAGAACGUGGGCUUGCACGCCACUUGCUAAAGCUGUUGGCUCUUCUGGUUGCCCGCUCUGCUGCCUGCCGCAGGCUCUGCUGGCUGUGUGUACCAGAUGAGCUGGAGCCCACACUUUCUCCGGGAUUGGCCAGGUCAUUUCAGGAGCAAGGAGCUCAGGUGAUCCUUUUCCGUGCUUCUUGGUAUGUAGCCCCGCUCAUCCCUCCUGGCCUGUGGCUCCUGGAUUUCGUCUCCAUUCCCAUGAGUCAGGGGCUGGCUCUACUUCAUCAGUUUCCAUACACAGGAAACCUCCAUUUUACCAAGUAAAACAUUUGUCUUCACAAGAUGUCUGCCUGCUUUGCUCUCUCCCAUUUUCUUAACACCUGAACCUUCUUGGGCCUCCUGUGUCUGGGGCGGGGGUGGGGUGCUAUUUCUUGGUACCCUGCCUCUUAGGACCAGCAGCCCAUACAUUGGUCAGUUAUUUCAAGAGCAGGCAGGACUGGUCUAGUGGAAGAGCGCUUCCUAAUGUGUAGAGGCCCUGUGUCCUAUCCCCGGCACCUCCUAAAACAACAGCACACCUGUCAGACAGACAGACAAACGGGAGAUUAAAAAAGGGGGGGGGGGCAAAGAAGAAAGAACAUAGGAGGGGUGGGGGGCAGUGACAAACCCUCUAACUUGUGAGAACGUCAGACAUUAGGCAGCUUGCUUAGAGAGGUGUAUGCGUUUCCAAGCAAGUCAGCGGUGCCAAUGACUGUGUGCUUUGGGCCUGUAGACAGCCAGUGUUUUUUCUUAUGUAAAGGAAUCCAUUUAUUCCUACUUUCCUGCGUGUGUGUGUGUGUGUGUGUCUGUGUGUGUCUGUGUGUGUCUGUGUGUGUCUGUACAUUUCCUUCUAGAUUGAAAUCAUCCGAUUCCAAAUAAUGUUUAUAAAUGCUUUCCCAGCUUCCAUAGAUUUGUAAUAGACUGAAAGCUGUUUUGGCAUUCACCUCCUUUCCUAAUGCAUUGAGCCUGCUCAUGGGUUCCCAUGAGGCCUAUGGUUGUAAGUUGGUGUUAAGAGUGCAACCAUGGCUCUGCUACACACACUCACACACACACACACACUCACAUAAACACACACACACACACACACACACACACACCCCAAAGACAUACUUGGUUCUGGGCCAUCCCCUCCCUAGGACCUCCAUUCUCAUGUGCCAGUCUCCCCGACUGGAGCACUUUACUGUCUCAGCCCCGUGGCUCUGUGGUACUGCCUAGGCGGGUGCAGAAGGCUCCCAGAGCCAGGUGCCAGUGGCAUGUGUGGCCCCUAAAACGUGCUUACCUCCAGCCUGGGGCUGGCCGCUGAAGCAGCUCAUAGGGUAGUAAGAGAGUCUAUGAAUUGUAGAAGUAUUCAAGAACAGGAUGCGGCACCCAGAACUUAAACAUGAUGACUGGAUGUCCCUGUACUGUAUCUGUUUCUUAAAAUGCAAGUGUCUCCUGCAGAAAGUGUCUCAGCUUACUGUGGGUAGGGCUUUGUGCUUAAUUGUUAGUUUAUCAUUCUCUCUUCUGUGCUAGAACAGAAACUAGAUCUCCCUCCUCCGUGUGUGUGUGUGUGUGUGUGUGUGUGUGUGUGUGUGUGUGUGUAAACAUAAUGCGGGUUUUGUGCCUUGACAACCUCCCCAUGUGAGGUUUGUAAAUAGUGUCCUGUGACUUCACCUCAAGUUGGAAUAAACGUACAAAAUGGCGUCCUGAGUGAUUCUUCAAAUUUUCUUUCCAGAAAAGAGUUGAGUUCGGGGGAGGGAGGGUGUCUGAAAAAUCAGCUUAAAGUCCCUCUUUAUUAAAGUCUGUAAUGGAUAAUGUCUGCUUCUCCUGUUUCCUCCUUCCAGUGUUGUAUAUAUUCUGACUAUUUAUUAGAUUAGGAAGUCAUGUUUCACUCGUCAACUGAGCCAAAUGUCUGUGUGCAAUUGUAUUCUCGUUACCUUUCUUUGUAAAAUAUUGUACAGCAUAAAUGAGUAAAAAAAAAAUCACUGUUUUUUCAAACUUCUCAUUAUUAAGGAUUGUAAAUACCGUAGGUUCUCCUUCUGUGUAAUGUGCCCUACUGUUCCAUAAUGCUGUAACUUGUAGAGUCAUUGUAUAUUUAUUUUCUGCUUAUUUAAUGUCUUACGUUCUUGAAAGUGUUGACAUCCCUAUCCCUGACACCCCAGCCAUGCCAUGAAUUGCUUCAGCUCCUGAUAAAGGGGGGCACUGACUGACUGGCUCUGUUCCCCAACAUGGCUUCUGCUUUGGCUUCUGGCAUUCAGUGCUUGGAUUCUGCUGCCUCUCUGAGGAAACGAGUAUUUGCUGCCGAUGAGAUACCCUAGCUACAGUAGCCUGGAAGAUCGGACUCUAAGAAAAUACCCAUCAAACCCAUUUAUAAAGCAGCUGGCUUCUGAGGAAAGCAGAUUUACCAAUAAGUUGGCCAUAUCUUUAGAGAAGUAUUAGCAACAGAUGGGGAAGGUUUUUUUCUUUAAUUGAGAGUGUAUCUUUGACAACUCAGUGUUGAAAGAAAUCCUGCCUCUUGAGGUACUGCUGAAUGGCCGCCCUGGGUAAGAAAAGGGCAGGUGGGGCCUGUUUUUAGAGCAUUCAACAAGGCCACUUAUGUCACCAGGACACUUGCUGGCUACCUUCCCCACCUGCUGUGUGCUUCUGGUGUUUUGAGGUCUGUGGACUGAACUUACCUGUGCCAUUCAGCUCCCUCCCCACCCUGUUCACUGCAUUUGGCCAGCUUGCUCCUGCUUCGCUCAACAGAGGCCCCCACUGGCCUGGGUGUCAAGAUGGAAAAAAGCUCACUGAAGCUCUAGAGCCAUGUGACUUCAUGUAAAUGGUUUUGUCCUCCCUGCUGAUUUAGCCUGGUGCCUGUGUGUGUCCAUCCACUCAGUACGUCUGUGUGCGGGUUGUGUCCACACGUGUCGCUACAUCAGCGGGGAAUCCUUCUCAAACAGCGUUGCACAAAGCAUCCUCAAGUUCCCAGCAAAGUACUUGAUCUCUUUCAAAUGUGUUUUAUCGUCUAGGUUCUGUGACCACUGGUUUCUGUAUCCAGAACUGUCAGGUAUCCUUUGGUAAACAGCACUGAUCUCUGUAUUGUACCCCAUCACUAACGUGUCAGAACCCAGCGUAUGUAGCAUUUGUAUUGCAGUUUCCCUGGCUUCCUUUAUGUUUUGCACUGAUGAAUUUUGACAGGGUAAUUGCCACUGUACCUGUGCAAUACUGCUGUAAAUAACUGCAGAUUUUUUUAAGAAACUCAAUCUUUUAUGUUCUUAAUGAAUUUUAUAUAAAUAAAACUUGCGACUAGCUCUCA